UUACCAUUUACUACCACGUGAGCUGCGUUUGUAGUUACCGACCGGUCAUUUGUUUUUAAUCACAUUCUGUCAAACUUGUCAAAGCGCGUGACAUGAUUUUUUGUGGAAAGGAUUUCUAAUGCCAUUCGUGUAACGUGACGACGUUGAAACACAUCUAACGAUGGGAAAACCCAAGGAGAUGAGUACAGACGAGGAAAUCAAUAUUGAUACCAGCGAUGUAUUGCCUCAGAAGAAGCACAAGAAGCAUAAACAUAGAAAGCACAAGAAACGAAAAUUGGCACAAGAAGAUAUCGAUGAACUAAUGAAUGCUGCUGCACAAGAUGCAGACAGGAAAAAAGCCAUCAGGCUCAAAGUGAAAAAGGAGGGAGAAAAAAUUUCUGUCGACAAGAUACGAGAUAAGACAGUCAAGCCACCAAUCGUGGCAGUGCCUGGACCAAGCACUUCAACCUCGCCUAAAGCAGCCUCGAAGAAAAAGGUAUCUAAAGGUAACAAGGGAAAAGAAAGUGGCACCAGUAGCGAAGAGGAACGUUGGCUCGAUGCGAUUGAAUCUGGAAAGCUUGAGGAAGUUGACGAUGAAUUGAAAAAAAUCAAACCUAAGGAUCCAAAAUUAAUGACAGCUCGGCAGCGAGCUAUGUUUGAAAGAAAGACCGACACAGAGCCCAGCUCUAGCGUUGAACAAUUGAUGUCUCUGCCAUCUGGCUACAAAGAAAAAGUAAUGACUGCUGAAGCAAUUCAGAAAGCUGCUCUUAAAUCGCAAAAGAGAAAACAACUGGCCGAUGAAAAACGUGAGAAAGACAAGAAAAAAACUAUGGAAAGAUUACUGAAGAAACAAGAAUCUAAAGCUUCGAAAAUAUUGGGAAAAGGAAAGCCUUCAAGAAGACAAGUUCCACUAGUGAGCUAUCGUAUAACACUUGAGGGAAGCUCAAUCUCUUUACCCCCCGGGGAAGAGUUCCCUUUGCCUUCAACCCGACAAGAACAACCAACGUCGGUUAUUCUUUGCGGUGUAAACAGCUGCAAAAAUCCGAAGAAAUACUCCUGUUCAAAAACGGGAAUACCACUCUGCAGUUUAGAAUGUUACAAGGCUAAUAUAUCUUCCCACUUACGACUUGUCACCACGUGAUGAUCAACCAUUUAAAUUGUUUUCUCAUAGUUGCAACUCAGGUACAUCAGGUUCUGUUGACAAAUAGUGAUUAGUGAUAUUAUUAAUAUCAGGUCAUUUAAAGCAAUUAGACUCGACGCCAAAUUGACGGUUUGCGCAUAAAGGUAAACUGAAUAAUUAUGGCUGUGCUCAUACAGGCUGGCGACAGGUCGGAAGAACAUGAAGUUGCCAAAAAAUGUUGGUGGGCGUGGCAUGGAAUUUGAUAUUAGCUCGAAUUUUCGUCACCCUGUUACAUGAGACGGGAAAUCAGACGAACAAAACCGUCGAUAAGAUAAUAAUAUUUAUAACUUAAGUAACGAAAUGAAUAUUAUAUUUACAUGUAUGCAAAAAAAUAAGUAAAAACUUCUUUCAACAUUUUUAUGGUAAAUUACAAAUUGUGUAUAUUAUCAUCCAUUGUGAGGUUGUUGUAAUAAUCAAUAUUACUAAGUAAUAUAUGUAUACUUUUUUGCUUCUUUUAUACAUGUAUACGUAAUAAUAGUUUAUCUAAACAUCA